AUGGCAUCGUUCGGAGAAGCACCUCCAGGUAAUGCGCAAGCUGGGGAGAAGAUCUUCAGGACGAAAUGCGCUCAGUGCCACUCGGUGGACAAGGGAGGCGGACAUAAGCAGGGUAUGGUCUCGAUCUCGAACGUUUCUUGCUUUCCUUGUUCCGGGGACAUUUCUCCGUAUAAAAAAUCUAGGAUCAUCUCUUCUCCUAUUAUGAUGCACUCCGUUUCUUCUGUUCGAUCAUUUAUCGACUCGCCAUCUCGUAGGUGCGGAUCCGUUGUAUGCCUAAGGAUUCCGCUGUUGGGUGGAGAAAUCGCAUUCGGCCAUGCUUUGCAAAUUCUCUUGACGAUUCACUGUUUGAGGAAACCAUUUUUAUCUCUCUUGCGUCCAUCAAUAUCUCCCUUAUUUGAGAUGGAUUUUCUCUUCCUAUUUAUUGUGUUACUAAAACACCGAAAAGCGGGAGAGAGGAAUGAAUGCUAAUUUAACUUCCGAUUGAAUAAAUGGGAAAUAUCUGAUAAAAAAAACUCUUACUUCAACGUUUGUUUCCGUUUAUAUAUUUUUAUAUCUGCGAAAAGUGGGCAGAAUUGUGCGAACCGAUCCACUUGCUAUCUACCAUUUGAUUUACUGAUCCGUUAUUAUGAACUGAGUCAAUAGUUUCAAAUGUCCGAGGGGCCCCAUUUGGAAACUGAACUGGACACCUUAAUUGAUGUGAUGGACGAGGGGUUAGCUCUCUCUAGCUCACCUACCUGGGUGUGGGAGGGGAAAUAAAUAUAUAGGUUUUAGUGACUUUUCCAUUAGUGACUUUUUAAGCCAUUCAUCAUGAGAACAUAAAUAGUCAGUUUUUUUUAAUCUUUGAUCUCAAGAGGUUGAGUGAUGUUUUAAAUACAUUACUGGUUCUCUUCGUGUUCUUCUGCAGGGCCAAACUUGAACGGCCUUUUCGGUAGGCAAUCUGGGACAACAGCCGGUUACUCAUAUUCUGCUGCCAACAAGAACAAGGGAGUGAUAUGGGAAGAAUCAACGCUAUAUGAUUAUCUUCUUAAUCCGAAGAAGGUAUUAGCUGGACCGGCACAUCUCUUUCGUCAACGCUGCACUGUGUUUUGCGCAAUUUACUUUAUAUUUCUGACUAUCAGCACAUCCGUUGUGUGUGAAUCUGUGUAACUUUGGAAAGUUGACUUUUGGGUUCUUUCUUGUCCUCUACAUCUCCUCGUUGUGAGCUCUAGCUAUAAUUUCACGGUUUCAAAGUUCCAGCUCGUUGGUUCAAUCAAUCUUCCCAAGUCAAUUCAUAAAUUGGUGUUCAACGGUGAGGUUUUCUAAGUGAUUCUGCAGCUGGCUGGCUCUGAGGAUCUGUCUGACAAAGUUUCGGAAAAUGCCAUGUGGGCAGAAAAUUGGCUGACGACCGAGUAUCACAAACAUAUUGGUGAAUAAAAAGGAAUAACCCGUAAAAGCUGUUGGUGGUCACUAACUUAGUUGGUGCUGAGCAUUUUUCCAGAAUGAGGGUUUGUUGGGUAUCAGUUGGAUUAGUCUCUUCAUGUUAUUUAUUUUUGUAGAAUAAGUUUGAUAUUAGAUUGAUUCUACCAAUUAUGUCGCGGAGUGAUUCAACUAUUCUGGUCACAAUGCAAUGCACCACUGUGUUUGCCCACAAGAAAGCAGCGAUUGUGGAGUGGGCAUAUAUUCCCCUCUUAGUUAGUACCCGUCUCCUAAUGAUUGGCUACUGGUGGGUUCUUCCUUGCAGUAUAUUCCAGGUACAAAGAUGGUCUUCCCAGGAUUGAAGAAGCCCCAGGAACGCGCUGACCUCAUUGCCUACCUCAAGGAAUCGACAGCAUAA